AUGCGGGCAAAAGUACAGAACGUGCUACAAUGUUGGCUCUAUGAUGCCUUUUACCAGCAUAUUCCAGCCGACAGCCUAAAACUAAGAAACUUGUCGAAGAAGUUCGCAAAACUAUACGACCAGAAACGCUCAAAAGCACAAAGGAAAUACCGCGUCCCACCCACGCCAAGUGAUCCGGCUGUGAAGAAGCUCUUUCCACACUGGAGCCUUUGGCAUCGUGACGGUCCUCCACCAGCUACUUCAGCAAUCCAAAACGCUCCGAAACCGCAAGCUGUCACAGUUCCCCAAAUUCAAGCGACACAAUCGACCGUCCAGUCAGAAAUCCUUCGACCUGCUCAGGGGCCAUCUCAAAUUCAAGGGCUAGAAGCAUUUACUAUGGACGCAGCUACCGCUUAUCAUACGAGGGCCAUCGAAAUCGACUCUAAGAUUACCGGCCAGCCAUCAACACGGCCUGAAAUCCAGAUCGAAGGAGGCUGGAAGAUGUCAACGAAAAAAUUGAUUAAUACCUCGACGCAGCUGUUUGACAGGCCUCCAGACAGUGACGCGAAUGACCAUACCCCCGCUGAACCUAUUAUAUCUCCUGCCCCGCUCUUCACGUCGGAUACUAUCCGCGUUGAUCCCAGCAUUGAUGAUGCGCCAGCAAGCAGCCUCCAGUUCGCUACAUUCGCCAAGCUUCAAAGCGAAAGUCUGAAGUUGAACUUUCGAUCUGAUGAGGAACUUGACGACGAUAUAGUCUUUCUCAACACCAACACACCAUUUACCACCUUCAUCUGCGGGUUGCAAGGGUCCGGGAAAUCUCAUUCUCUGUCUGUCAUCAUGGAGAACUGUGUUAUCCAAAACCCAGCCGUCGGGAUACUUCACCGUCCCCUAGCUGGAGUGGUUUUCUACUUCUCCCCAUUCACACCUCUCGAUGUUGGAAAACCCUGCGAGAUAGCGUAUCUAGCUGUACCCUCUUUUAGUCCAACUACUUCGGCCCCACCUCAACAGAACUGUACAAGAAAAGUAACAAUAUUAAUAUCCCGCUCUAAUCUUUCCAACAUGCAACAGGUCUAUAGAAAGAUUCCUAGCGUCACAGUGUACCCACUUCUUUUGAAGGCCAGUCAACUCACCACCAAAACCAUGCUGUACCCCAUGUCUAUUCAAGAAGAUAAUACGGCUCUUUAUUUGCAAAUAAUCACCCGCAUUUUGAAAAAUAUGGCAGCAAAUAACAGCUUCAAUUAUGAAAAAUUCAAGGCCCAGCUUGCUCUUGAAUCUUUCACUUCAGCUCAAUAG